GUUUAGAUUUUAGUUUAAGUUUCAGCAGCAUAUGCCUGAACUUCAGGCUGAAGAAAAAAAUAUGAAUGUGCAUGAUGUCGGGCCGAAUUUCCACGCCGACGUUCCGGCGCAUGACGUAACCACCGGUUCGAAGGGCCCUGCGCUGCUUGGCCUUUGGCUAUCCCGCGGCUGCGGCGACACCGAAAUUUUUGUCGAUGUUCCUGACCUUAGAAUUUUAGAGUUAAACAGUAGUUAGUUUUACAACUGUCUAGACGUUUCGAUCUCACUUAUUCACAGACCAUGCAGACGCAGACAGACUGCGCACGCUGUGGAUCAUCUCAGUCAUGUCUCAUGAGUUUUAGCUCCAGAGGUAACCUGCCGCCAACAUGGGCAUCGUGUCGCUCGUCAAGCAGUCACCCAUUGUUCACAUCUGGCUCUUCUGUAUCCACAUAAUAAGCGCCCUCAUUGUUACGUCGGGGCAAUUGUUCACCCUAGUACUAUGGCCCUUCAGCAAGAGCUGGUAUCGGAGAAUCAACGGGUACCUCAUUAAUCUCAUGUGGCUGCAAUGUGUAUGGUUGACGGACUACUGGUCAGGGAGUAGAGUCCAUUUUUAUGGGAGACCGGGACUCAUGGAGACGGUCAGUACACACCACUCUCUUCUGGUGGUCAAUCACAAGGAGGACGUGGACUGGUUGGUCAUCUGGCAAAUAGCCGAAAGGUUCAAGAUGCUGAGAGGUGCCAAGUGUCUGAUGAAGCAGGAGAUCAAAUACGUUCCCUUUUAUGGAUGGUCAUUCUGGUUGACCGAACAGCUCUUCGUCAACAGGGACUACGCCAAAGACAAGACCAGUCUCAUGAAACAACUUGAGAACGUUACAACUUAUGACUUUCCAACUGUGACGCUGAUAUUUUGCGAAGGCACGCGUUAUACCAAAGAGAAAUAUGAGAAGAGUCAAGCGUUUGCUCGGGAGAAUGGACUACCAGGUCUGAAACACCAUCUUGUUCCAAGGACAAAAGGUUUCAACCUGUGUAUAGAGGCCUUCAAGGGCAAAGUUCCUGUGAUAUUUGAUGUUACAAUAGCUUACCAAGAUAAUAAACAACCCUCCAUCUAUGAUCUUGUCUGUGGAAAAAAGUUUGACUUUCAUUUCUAUGUCAGAGAUCUACCAUUGGAUGAAGUUCCAACAGACUCAGAAGAAGCUACAGCACAGUAUUGUCAUGAUAUUUACAAACAAAAGGACGAAGCCUACGACUACUUCCUGCGGAACAACACUUUUGAGGGUUACGAUGUUACUAGGCCAGGGUGCGUCCCUCCACCCACCCUCCUGCCUCUGGUAGUGAUGUCACUGUGGAUGCUGUUUGUAGGCGUACCCAUCAUCUACUAUUCCUUUGCCAUGCUCUUCUCUGGAUCAACUGUGAUGAUUGUCACGAUCUGUGGAGGCUGUUACGCUGUAUUCAGAUUUUCCAAGUCCAUGAUGAGAGUGUCUGAUGUGACAAAAGGAUCAACAUACGGGAGCAGUAAGGAAACAAAGAGCAAAAGGUCAGAGGUCAACGACACAGGGUCAGGGGUCACAGCAAAUGGCGACCAGAUACCAUUGUCUAAUGGAGAUAAGAAAGAUUCCUGAUUAAGUACUAUACUGUUUUUGUGCAAAUAAAAGUAGAUUUACACAUCUCGGCUUUAUCUGAUGAAAUUAUAGUUUAUGCAAAUUAUAUUCAAAGCCACAUCUGGACUGUGCAUUUUCUGAUUUGUAUUUAAAUGGUACUGAAUGAGAGCACUUUAUUAUAAUAAAUUUGCACUGGGCAUAUAUACUUAUUUAUAGAACUAACUUUUUAAUUUAAAGAUCUUAGCCAUGUUCUUGUUUUUAUAUUCUCAGUGUCUGUCCAGUCAGGAAUUCAUGAAAUCAUCUCAAUUUUCUUCUUAAAUAUUUAAGAUUCAAUAUGAACAGCUAUGUAAGACAGAAUGAGAAUGGCUUCAUAUCACCCACAGGAAAAUGAAACCCUUGAAACAGGAUAGCUUGUGCGAAAACAGAAAAAUAAAAGAAACAGAUAAACGGAAGUUUGAGAAAAAUUGAAUAAAUAAUAAGAAAGUUAUGAGCAUUAGAAGUUUAGAUCAUGAUUGUAAUGUAGAUCCUUCCAUUGGCAAUGCGACAAAGAUGUGUGAUGUCACGUAUACAUGUAUAUGAACAACUUUCCCAUUACUUUUCUGUAUAUUCACUUAAACUGCCUCUUUUAUCACAUCUUUCAGUAGAUCAUGUAUUCUUUCUAUAGGAGGACAUGUAAUACAGAUUUUCAAAAAAUACAUCAUGGACAAAGAGUUUGUAUUGCCCCAAGAAGAGCAAAAAUAUACAUUUUCUUGGUAUUUUAUAGUCCAUCAAUGGGAAAGUUGUUCACAUGUGACAUUACAAAUAUUUUUCGCAUUGCUAAUGGCAGGAUCUCCUUAGCAUUAGUCAUUGCAAUAUUAACUUUCUUGACUUUCUCAUUAUUUGUCUGAUUUUCCUCAUCAAACUUGCUUUGAUCUUAUUCUUUGAUUUUUCUUUCAUGCCCCUUUAACCUAACCAAAGCUCGACAUACAUGGUGUGAUGCUGGAUGUUGAUUCAAGAUUUUUUUAUUGGUCAGUGUAUGCAUACAAAGACAUUUGUUGGAUGUAUCCCUCUUCAUUUGACAUUAUUUCUGGGGCCCGUCUUACAAAGAUCAAUCACAACUAUGGACGGCCAGCAACGUCAACAUCUAAAAUGCAUGUUUGUUCAAAAUGUUUUCUAGAUAUGAAGUAAAUUACAUAAAUUCAUUUUUUUUUUCCUGACAAUGUGGUGUGUUCGCCUUUUGUUUUCAAAGGACAUUUGAAAAUUUUAUGUAGAAAAAAAUUAUGGGAUGGUUGGAUUUCCAUAGAGUUAUGAUUGAUUGGAUCAAUCGUAACUCUUUGUAAGACGGGGCCCAGGUCAUGGAAUAAAUUUGCCACCCUAGUGAUAAAAUUUGUGAAUUAUGAUCACGGUUGUGCAAAUUAUCCCAUGAGUGAAUUUUAGCCACUUUUGUGCAAUGAAUUAUUAUUAGCUCAAGUAUUAAAUUUUACCUAAGAAUGUUGGUACUAACCCACCUUAAUGAAUUCAAUCAAUCGUCUUAUUUGUUUUUAUUAUCAGAGUGACUCUAUCCAAGUCACUGUCUUGUCACUUGGGUACGCUAACUCUGGUGGACCUAGGUUAGAACACUAAAGAACAAUGAUUUAUGGGAUAGGCUAUAGAAAAGUUCUAUGCACAUCUUUGUGGGAACAGCAGUUGGAAAUAGCGCUGUCGAGAAAGUUUUAGUAGUUAUCCACACCAUCUGAAUAAUUUUACAGAAAAGCCACCAAGAAACAUGAAUGGAAUUUGAGAUCAUCUUUUGCAUGAAGUUUUUUGUUGGAAAUCGGACAACACAAGAUGAGCGUUUUUGUCAAUGUUCCUUUUGCUUUCACCACUAAACAUUGUUUUAUACUCGGUCCCCAUAGCAUGGCAUUAUUAACCUCAAUCACGCAGCCAUCCAUACACCGUAUGUAUCCAAGCCAAUUACUUUUCCAUUUUUUUUUGUUCACUUUUACGUUUGCCAAUCUUUAAAGGUCUUUUUCAACAGUAAAUACUCAUCAGUGAUCCACUUUCAUUUAUUUGCAUCAUAUUGUCUGUCAUGAUGGUAAUCAUGUUUUCACAAGUGUCCUUAUAUUUUGUGAUUUAUUUGAAGCGUACAAUUAAUUGUUAUAAUUUUGCCUUUUAAGAUGUGUGUGGGAAGUAGGCAAUGAAACAAAUGAAAACAGAAAAAAUACCCCAAAAAUAGAUGUAGAUAACAAUGUCGGAGUGUGCUAAUGGUAGAUAUAUCACUGUGCUAAGACUGCUGUGCAUUAUGUGGGCUUGUUACCUUUCUUUCGGAGAGUUGUUGGUAACCUUGUGGAUGUGUAAUUAAGUGAUUUUGUUGAAUUUUAGUUCUUUUGUUUUCUAGUGGUGGUGGUAGUGAUUUUUU